GACCGUUGGAUGCUGCAUUUAUUCCCCAAACCUGCCGAACACCAGCCUCUUGCUCCGGACACAGACCGAUGACAUUUCUACUCAUAAUGCUGCACCUUGUCUCGGCUUGUAGUGAUAAGCCUGUAUGCUAGGGGGCUGCGGGACACGAUGUGGAUUGGCGUCACUAUCGUCCUCAUCCCACAGACCUGCCCGCGGCUGUGUGGCCUCAGUGCGUUAGCUAGCGAGCAGACUUUACUGUGGUUGUUUCGGCAUGCUGACGGAUUUCUAAACUCUCCUCGCCUUGACUGGAACAAUGCGGCGACGGAUCGGCAGGGUUUCUGAAAACUACGAGCAGGAGCAGCGCUAUAGGGCGUCUGCUGGUGUGUGUCGGCUUCAGGAAGCGAUAAAUCCACAGCCGAUGCCACAGGACGGCUUUGACCGCAGUUUAUAGACACCGGAUGGAGAUAGGAGCCGUCGCCUUUCACCAGUGAAAUACUGCUGGUGGAUUGCUGUAGCCUGGAUUUCAUCUAGACUGCAACGACGGCCUGUCUGCCACAGACAAGCAGCCGACAGCAGGCUCCUGGAGAGAAUCAGGAGACAAGAUUACUACACAUUACUACGACAAAGGGACCCAUUUGAAAAUGGGGCAAUGUGGAUUAAGGUGUUCCCAUUCCUUGUGAACUACAAAAAGGAAGCAACCACGAGGACGAAGGAACUGAUAGCAGACGGAGGAGGUGGCAGGGGAGUGGUGGACUUGGUGUUUGAAGAGAAGGUGGUAUGGGUGGGGGGACAUUCAGAAUGGCCCAUGGAAAUGAGAGCAGUGAAGGGCCUCCUGGGCCCAUGGCAGCAGUGGUGGCUACUGCAGGAGGUAUGGUAGCAGAGAGUCCUUCUUCUGCUGUGUCUACCUAUAUCAAACUGGUGCUACUGGGGCUGAUCAUCUGCAUUAGCCUGGUGGGGAACCUGGUGGUAUCUCUGUUAGUACUGCGGGACCGGGCCCUGCAAAAAGCACCUUAUUACUUCCUGCUGGACCUGUGCCUGGCAGACACCAUUCGCUCAGCCAUCUGCUUCCCUUUUGUUCUGGUGUCAAUAAAGAAUGGCUCAGCCUGGACCUAUAGUGUUCUAAGCUGCAAGGUAGUGGCCUUCAUGGCAGUCCUCUUCUGUUUCCAUGCUGCCUUCAUGCUGUUCUGCAUCAGCGUAACACGCUACAUGGCUAUUGCACACCACCGCUUUUACUCAAAGCGAAUGACAUUCUGGACAUGUGUGGCAGUGGUGUGUAUGGUGUGGACACUGUCUGUGGCGAUGGCAUUCCCACCAGUUUUUGAUGUGGGUACCUACAAGUUCAUUCGCGAGGAGGACCAGUGCAUCUUUGAGCAUCGCUAUUUCAAGGCUAAUGAUACACUCGGCUUCAUGUUAAUGCUGGCUGUUCUCAUUCUAGCCACACAUGUUGUCUACAUGAAGUUACUACUCUUUGAAUACAAGCACCGCAAAAUGAAACCAGUCCAGAUGGUGCCAGCCAUCAGUCAGAACUGGACCUUUCAUGGACCAGGGGCUACUGGUCAAGCGGCAGCCAACUGGAUUGCAGGCUUUGGCAGGGGCCCGAUGCCACCAACUUUGCUUGGAAUCCGGCAGAACUUGCACAACCACAACCGGCGCCUGUUGGGCAUGGAGGAGUUCAAAGCAGAGAAGCAGCUUGGCAGGAUGUUUUAUGUGAUCACUCUUCUGUUCCUGGUUCUGUGGUCUCCUUACAUAGUCGCUUGCUAUUGGAGAGUGUUUGUCAAGGCUUGCACAAUACCGCACAGGUACCUCUCCACAACCGUGUGGAUGAGUUUCGCUCAAGCCGGGGUCAACCCUAUUGUCUGUUUCUUCCUUAACAAAGACUUGAAGAUAGGGCUCCUUUCCUAUCUACCAGCCUGCUGCAGGACUAAACCUCAUCUGCCACGAGAGCCUUAUUGUGUCAUUUAAGUAGAGAUGAUGAUCUAAACAUGGAGAAAAACAACGUGCCAACCAAUAUAUGUGUUGUGGGAGUGUUGCUACUGUAGUAAUUGAUUAAAUGCAAGCUACAUUUACAGAGUUGUUGGUAACUGGUGAGUGCAAUGGGAAAAACACUGGAAUGUUAAGCAUGUAUUUCCAUCUACCAAAAUCCUUUUCACUCAAAACAAGAACAUGCGUGGAGUAAGACGUUGAUUUUUGAUAAGGAGAAAAAUACUUUUAAUAGCUAAAUAAUUCAAAUAAUAAUGAAGUCACUGUGGAAACCAAGCCAGACAAAUAACUAUCAACAAAUGACAUACGCUGCUUCAUAAACAACAUAAAUAACAUGUUGAUUGAUGAUUGACAAGGAUGUUUGUUAUUUGGUCACAUGAGACAACUAAAGAUUUGAAUCGGGGACGAUGCCAUUCAUUUUAAGCCGAAACUGCACCUUUUUAAUUUUAAUUAAUUUUUUAGGAGUUGAAAACAUGACUUAAAAAAUUGAUUUGCUGUGAGUUUAAGUUUUUGACUUUCAGAGGCAACGCUCAAUCCAAAGUGUCCAGCUAUCUACCCAUGUAGAAACACAAAGAAUUAAGCUUGGGUUUUUAUAAUCACUUAUUUUAACAUACAAAGUAAUCUUUGAAGUUGGUAAACAUUUGAAAUGUUGAAAUACAUUGUCAAAUUUUGGCUUUGAAAUCAAAUCAGUUUUGAGAAAAUGGGGUGAGUUGAAUUUGAGACAGGAAGCAAAGGCAGAAUCAAAAAGUAUAUUUCUGAAUACUGGGUCUUUUGAUUCAGGGACCAGUUAGAUCUAAACUUGUCUUAUGUUUGUAAUCAAAUAAAACUACAUCUAUAGAUGCCUGUCCCUCAAUUAAGAAGUCACUAUUCUACAAUAUCACUAUUUCUUUUGUAUGCAAACACAUCAGCGCUAGGGACUGAGCACGGAGCAGAGCACCAGCUUUUAUGACUGAUGAGGUAUUUACUUUGAUCUCAUGUGUGUUUACUGUGUACUACUACUGCUUUACUACUCUUCUGUUACUCUGACUCUGCAGACAACUGCAGGAACUCCAGUAUUUACUGUACGUAAGAUUUCAUUAUCACUUGAAGAUAAGAGAUCAAAUCUGAUCAGCUGAAUAAUAGUGAGUUAGAGAGUUUUCACUAACAGCUUGUUAUAACAAAUUAUUUGACAAUGAACUCAGUGCCCAGGUGCAUUAAAUGUUUCUUGUUACAUUUUUCAUAACGGCUUCUUGAGUUAACAUAAGGUGCAAGAAACUCUCCCCACCAGCUCUAACUAAGAAUUAGGAUGUGUUGGAAAUCUCAUUGGCUAUCUAGUGCACUUCAGGUGCUUAAUGCUAAUGUCCAAAUAUUUAUAAUAUUUAAGUGCGUAAUGUAUGUGAUUCACGUAAAAACUAAAUCCCACAGUAGAACUAACGCUUUUACAUGGUCAUGCUAUCAGCUAAUCAUAAGCUUGUUUUUUGUUCAAAAUCCAAUAAUUCAGUAACUGCAGUUCACUCUGGGGCCUGCAGAAAUUAUGCCAACAUUUGUAACUGAUGUGCUGAAGUCAACUAGCCAUGUGGGAAUGAUGACUCAGUCUUAUCUCUCAGCCACCAUUAUUUUCUAAGCCUAUUAAAAGCGUUACAUUUAUGUGUCAAAAUAUAUAUAUAUACAUAUAUAUAUAUACAGGUAUAUAAUGUACAUAUAUAUAUAUUGUGUGUCAAUAUAUAUAUAUAUAUUUAUAUUGACGCGCAACUUAAUAUUAAAUGAAUAAUUUUGUUACCAACUUUAUCUUUAUGUACAAACAGCAAAAUACAUAUCGGAAAUCUGUAAGCAGAAGAGGAAUGUAAAAAUGUAUGAAUCAGGUGGUAAUAAAAUAACUAUGGGUCCUACUUAAAUGUAGGUACAGUGGAGAAAUAGAAGACAGCGAAAUGGAGUAACAAUUGCAAAAAGAGGAAAAUUGAAACAGACAUUUAAAGGUACAGUGUGUUGAAUUUACUGGUGAUGUUGUAUGUUGCAGCUGAAUACCCCUCACCUCACCCUCCUCUUUCUAAAAAGAUGUUUAUUUUGUCCAGUUUGGGAUACUGACAAAAUAAAAGGAGGCGCCCCCCGUAUAAAGGACCGGCUACUGAUGUUAAUAUAAGGUAUUUAAAUAUGAAGGGCACAUUCUGAGGUAAAGGGAAAAAAAAACUGUUCAUCUAAUUUAGAUGAUUACAUAACCAGUGAAAACAUCACUAGGAUUAUUUUAUCUUAAAUUUCUGCCAAUAGAUCCCUUUCAUCUAAAUCCGUGGUUAUCAAAGUGAGGGGCGCGCCCCCCUGGGGCGGCACGGACACUCUCCAGGGGGGGCGCAAUGUCACAGACAAAAAAAAAAGAAAAAAAAUACCGACGACCUGUCACUGGUUAGUGAAAGCUCCCUCAGUGGCGAAAUGCUAGGGGCUGGACUGACACAAACAAAUCAAAUACGGUUUCAUUCCUCAUCCACCAAUCAAAAGAGGAGUGUUAUCAUUUUAACUCGAGUUGCUUGUACGCUUCCGAGUAUAAAAGUAACUGCAGGCAUGGUCAGUGUUUACCCUCACUGAGACGACACACUGCAGAGUUUGUGCGAUAGCUCGUUUCCUCUAUAUUUUAGAUAUUCAUUGCUUUAUAAACAGUCUUUUUAAUAAAUCACUCCUUCCUUAGUAAUACCUUCCUGAACUUGCAGCAGGCCUAUUCGUAGCCUAAUCUAAGGAGUAAUUAGCUCCACAGUCUUUUUUAGAAAGCUCGUAGCCCCAAGAGCUAGCCUUCUAGCUAGCUAACUUUUUCCAACUGCAGCUAGCCCUUUUCUCCAUAACACCUACCUUUACAUCUUCAGUCAUCCACCGUGU